CCAUCUGCUCCAGUCAUGUUCUGAUCUCUCAUUCUCUCUCCACCUCACACAUUCAUUCAUUGCAAUCUCGCACUCCAUUCUUUCCUCCUCGGUCUUAUCUCUCCCGCAUCCUGUUCUCCAUCUCACGUCUUGAUCUUGAUACUGUACCAAAACCACGCCCGAACCGACCCAUCCACACGAAAACUCAACGCGCCCCGCGCGCACCACUGCUACCUCCACCUACGCUCCUUUCGCGACCCCCACCCCAGCUCCACACUUUCCUCACCCCUCCUCUGAUGCUAAAGCGCAACUAGGCUCAGAUGGUUUCGACCGGCUCAAACGGGUCGAAUGCGCCCUCUACCCCGACCCGUAAGGAGAACCGAAGACGGUCAUGGUUUGGCCUCGUCACACCCAAACGCAGGGAACGCGUGUCCGUGAUGGCGCCUGCUCCCGAGCACCCAGAACAACCUGAGCGCCCAGAAUACCCGGAGCAUCCAGAGGACCGCGGCCGCAUGGAAGAGCUAGAGCCGACUCCACCUGUUAAGAGGUCGGGUGACGCAUUCCCGCGUCAACAUUCGACAACAGACGAUGAGGAAUCAGACUCGGAUCGCGAGGGCACGGUGAGGCGCAAAUCCAAAACCAGGCCCAAGCUCCUCACUGAAGACGGGGACCACGAGCACGAGCAGCGCGAGCAGCCGGUUCGCAUGAAGGACAUGGCGACGCUUGCCAUCCUCUCCCGGAACAAUACUGUCAAGCCAAAACCGUUCCCGUCCCGCGUCUUCCAAAGGACCCAAAGCGACAGCUCGUCGUCCAGCGACGCCCUCCCCGCCCCGGCGCCUCGCCCACAUACCCUCGUCCUCUCUCCCUCCAGAGUGCCUCAGCGCUCGUCGUCGGUCGGCGCAAGGAAUACACCGACUAAGCAGCGCUUUGCUGGGCCACCCUUUGAUCACUCUCCGCCCGUGAACAAGCCUCUCCCUCAGCCCCCCCAUGAAGGACCUUCCGCUGGUGCCCCUCGAGCUGUGUCUCUCCCCAUCACCACCAUCUCCGCCCCACCAGCAGACAUUGUCGUGACGCCAAGCAGUCCCAUCGACAGCUUUGAAGGCUUGUUCGGUCUCGGACCGUCCUCUCCAACACUCGCUUUGAUGCUCGACGGUGCAGAGCUGCCGGACCCCACAGAUGACCGCCGCCCCGUUUCCGCCCCUGUCUCACGCACCCCGUCGAUAACUCGCACCCCUCGCGCGGCUGGCUUCGACCGACCCCGACCAGAAUCUCCCACACCUAUGCGCCAAGGCUCACUUGGCUUGGGCCUCCCAGAGUCUGUGGCUGCGAAGCGCGCAUCAACCCCUGCCGGCGGUCUCGCACUCCGACAGCAGGCCGUGUCGUCUCCGCUACCUGAGCGCGCUACGAGUCCCGUCGUGAAAGUCACCUUCUCAGCUAACGAGAUGGCCAAGCCGUCACAAGACAAGGAUCGCAAGCCGGCCAAGCCACGGCCACGCAGCUUAUCUGCCAUGUUCUCGCGCACCCCAGGACCUGAACAGACGCCCACACCUGAUGACGACGAGACCGCCCCUUCCGGCGUGUUGGGUUGGCUCGGGAUGCAGAGAGCUAUCAAGCGGCGGCGGUCCGAAUCCAAGCUCCGCAAGCGUCGUAGCGGCUUCUUCUCCUCUGAGAACGAUGCGGGGCCUAGUGAGAACAGCACCGAUGACCAGGUGACCAACAAGACGCCGAUGCGCGGGCGCUUCGGCGCCAACGCGUCAACACCCAUGCUCCUCAAUCGAUCAGUUCCUGACGUAUCAAGAGUUCCGCUCUCGGCUGGGUCAUCACUUUCCUCCCUUCCAGUCAUCGAUCAGCAAGAGUUCUGGCCCGCGCGCGAGUGGGUCGGAAAACGUCCAUCGCUGGAAAUGGAAACCAUGUCCUCCGAGACGACUACCAACACUUCUCACAGCGACGUCAAGCGCGACUCCGCCCCGGUUCCCGUAGUCUCGUCAAGCAAGGACUCUGUGGCUCGGCGCCUGCUGGACCCCGCAUCCCAAAGAUCCUCAAUGGGUUCAACAUCGCCUCUGAGCUCGUUACCGGAGCUCGGCCCACCUCCAACCAUCGUUGAGCACGGGGGGGAAGCUACUCCACCCCAAGUCACACCUCGAGCUGGAGGGCGCGGGCGUUCGUUCUCCGAUGCUGCGCGCCGGAUACAUUCCGAAGACGGGUCCAUGGCUUCUACACCACGGUCACUGCGCUCGCCCUCUGAUAUCGACCUACCCCGAGGUCCAAGGCCCCCAAUGUCAAGCAGAUCCAACUCUGGCAACUCGGCUGUCAUGGGGAUGGUUCGCAGCGUAUUCUCCAGAAACCGCCCUCGCAGUAACAGCACGUUGCGCUACAGUUCUGCGGACGAGCGCGACCCUGUUGCCACCAGCGAGUUUGGGUCUAGAGAAUUGCCUCGCCCAGAAUCAUCCGCAUCAUCACUAGGCCCCUCUCCUGCUCUGCCUCCAGUCAGAAUUCGCCCGGAGGAUGUGCCUCAGGUCUCAAGUUUGGCUCUACAGAUCGGAGAGGAUGAUCGCCGUGUGGUGCUCAACGACACGCCGGAACGGUCACCCCGCUCGUCGUACGCGGCCUCGCAAUCAUCACGUACGACUCAUUCCACCAGGCGAUCGAACACGGCUGAUCCGCACGCCAACCUUGGCGUUCAUUCUGGGCUAAGAGUGGGGCGCGCGCGUGCGCAGACCACCUCGUCGGCCAUUUCCUGGCACGGAACAUUCAAUUCGACGGCUGCAAGCCUCGGCCACAGUGCAAACGGGAUACACAGAGGGUCGCACGACACUGGGCUUGCUCCGCCAUCUGCCUUCAGUGGCUCGUCGACAUAUCUCCCAGCACCUUCCACGCCAACUUUCCCCACUGCCGCAACUCCUCCUCGCCAGAGGCCGGGCUCGAUCAGGCGACUGUCUACGGGCCUGUUCAGGUCCAACCCCAGUUCUCCGAAGCCGCCUCCAGGCCAGCUGUUCCCGCUCCCUCCUCGUGGACCAGGAGCAGGAUCGUCCGGCGGCCCCAGCCCAGGGACAGAUGAUGGCCCCAGUCGCGCCGAGAGUCCGCUGCCUCUCUCUCGCUCUGCCACACCUGUGCAGCGCUUGCACAUGGAAGACGUCGACACAUCAAUUCACGACGAUGACACUCCCGAGAGCUGGCUGGCAAGACUCAGCAACGUUGACCGUCGCGAGCUGGCAGGGAUUCUCGCCUCCAGUGCCGACGAGUUCCACACCACUGCGUUGACCCUUUACAUGAAUCGGUUCGACUUCACGCACAUCGCGCUCGACGUUGCGCUGCGCCGCUUGCUCAUGCACAUGUCGCUGCCGAAGGAGACGCAGCAGAUUGACCGCGUCAUCGAGGCGUUCGCGACGCGCUACGACCGCUGCGAGCCAGGUUUGUUCGGUACCAAGGACAACGCGUACGUGCUGGCCUUCUCUAUGAUGAUGCUUCAUACGGAUGCAUUCAACCGCCACAACAAGAACAAGAUGACCAAACCUGACUACGUGCGGAACACGCGGCUCGAUGGAGUCCCCCCGCCCGUGUUGGAGGCAUUCUUCGACAACAUCACCUUCACGCCUUUCGUGUUCAUCGAAGACGACAACGAGGCCGCGCUUGCGGCAGCUGGAGCCCAUCUCUCGGCAUCCAAUGGCAUGCCCCGCUCCGGGAAGAUUGACGUCUACGACCUCAUCGUCGGCGGCCAGUUGGGCUCGCUGCGGGUCGACGUCGAGCGCUACAUCCCCGCUGACAGCCCGUUUUCUUGCAUGGGCACUCGCCCGUUCCUUGACGUGGAUCGGCUGCAGAGCAAGUUUGCCAACGCCCAUCCUCUCGAGUUCGUCAAGUCGCGCCCACGACGCAAGUCAGCGGUGCCUCUACUCGACAUUGGUGGUGGCCCCCCAACUCCAACGCCCAAGGAGGAGGUGACCACGCUCAAGAUCACCAAGGUUGGGUUGAUUAGUAGAAAAGACGACUCUCCAACGACCAAGCGUACCGCAGCCCGGAAGUGGAGAAGCUGGAGUGUGAUCCUGACCGGCUCGCAGCUCCUCUUCUUCAAGGACACCAUCUGGGCGCUCACGUUGGUCGAGCAGAUCCGCAACGCCGGCAAAGGUGACGCCCCCGUUGUACCGCGCAUGACGAGCUUCCAGCCAGACGAGGUUCUUUCUGUGAAGCACGCUGUGGCCGUCUUCGAUCGCGACUACUCGGCUACACCUUUCACGUUCCGCUUCGUCAUGCCCGACAACCGCCAGUACCUCAUGCAGUUCAACGACGAGUACGAGAUGAACGAGUGGCUCACUCUCAUCAACUACGCCAGCACCUUCCGGACGGCAGCCAUUAGGAUGCGCGGCGCAGGCCUAAACAGCGGCGACGCUGUUAAAGCCGGAUCGGUCGCUGCCGAGGAGCAUCUUCGGGAUGUCGAGUCCGGUACCCCUUAUCAAGCGCCUGAGAGUUCUCAGGUCCGCUCCGUUGUGUUCCAAGAUCCCAACGAGCAGGUGGAGGCUGUCGCUUCUCCUCGGCCACGCUUGCGCCGCGUGGGCAGCAUGCGCUCGUCUCCCGCCCCGGUCGUUGACAUAUCCGGCGCCAAUGACGUUGUUGUCAAUGGCGGUGAACAGAUGGAGGCAGUCAUCGGGUCCGUCAAAGCUGAACUCGCCGCUGGGCGAGCUGGGGCUGCACGAAUGCUCUCGCUUCCGUCCGAGCUUGCGGCUGAAUCGUCCAAUAAAACCAGUCGCUUCGAAGCGAUCGCUGCGCGCGUUCAGGCUCUCAAGUCGGACGCUGCACAGAUUGAACAACGCCUGACGACCAACCUGCGGAUUGCCCGCAACCUCGCCAUUCUGACGCCGUUCCAGAAGUUGACGCGUGACCACAUCGAGGCUGCACUUCCAGACCUCGCCAAUCAGAUCCGGUCGGACCGCAUCGAGCUCUCAAAGCUCCACUUGUGGAUCACGAUGCUUCUCAAGGACCAGGACCGCGACCAGCGCGACUGGGCUCGUGUUCGACACGUCGCACUGCAGGCUGCAGCGCGCAGUCUGUGCGCUCCCGCCACGGAGAAGCCCGACCGCCGCGCGACUAUCGCGGCUCCGAUUGCGAUUCCCAAGCUGUCUCUUCCAGACCACGACGAGAGCGCAAGCACCUGGGGUGAAAGUGUGGGAUCCUUUGCUUCGGGUCAGGCAAGCCCAGGCGAGUUGCCUGAGACGAACCCGAUGGAUGAGGAGCACGAGCACGAGCACGAGCAUGAGCUUGAGCCUGAGCCGCCGGCAAGGACGCUGGCCCCUGUACCGGCCCCAGUGCCCCAGUUCCCGCGGAUUCCAGAGAAGACGGACGUUGGCUCACCACAACCAUCUCCGACCAGCAAUCCGACGUCCGACUCGGAUGACUAUGAGCUUGCGCCAGAGUAUCUGGGCUCAUCUGAAUCACUGCGCGACGAGAUGGAGCGGCAGCUGGCCUUCUCUGAUUCCUCGCGGCCACUCUCGCCAGUGGCCAACCCGCCGAGCAUUCCGCAUGGUGCGUCGGUUCGCAAGGCAAGCGAGGAUGGGCGUUCAGACCAGCCUGAGCACUGGCGCAACACGCGUGCUGCCACCAAGGUGUCGCUCGCGCACCUCCCGCGCUCGAGCAUCGGCGAGUUAUCAAGACGGUUCAUCAAGAUUGACGGCAACAACAAUGUAGUGCUGAAUGGGGACUAGAUAGCAGCUAGCAAAGCUUGCGAGCUUGGUUGUACCACCAACAUAUAUCACGACUAGCAUUAUCCGGAACGCGGGGUGACGUGAGGCCGUGUUGACUGCAUGUACAUAAGCUUGCAAACGCAAGCGAGAAUUCGAAACA